CUCUGCAGCAGAGGGAAGAGGUCCAGACUGUGGGGGUCUCUCCUCAGGAUAAUUCCUCAUAUGGCACUUUUUAAAGUUGCUCCGCUGGUUCUGGUGGGAGUUGUGGUUUUCACUGUAAGCGGGAUAACUGGAGACCCUCUCUACAAAUGCCUCCAAGACGCCGACUACGGCGAGCUCCUCGACAUCGUGGCUAAAGGUCUACCUCCUGCAAAGACCCCCCGGCAUGUAGCGAUCAUAGGCGGGGGCAUGGCUGGACUGACUGCUGCCAAGGUUUUAGAAGAUGCUGGACACAAGGUGACCAUAAUAGAAGCCAGUAACCGAAUCGGAGGACGGGUGGAGACCUUCAGGAACAGACGGGAGGGCUGGUACAUAGAAGUGGGAGCCAUGAGGAUCCCAAGCUUUCAUAAGAUUCUGCUCUCUUUUAUCUCCAAAUUGCAAAUUUCCCUGAAUCGAUUCAUCCAAGAUGACAUCAACACCUACUAUUUGGUAAAUGGAGUUCUACUUAAAACCUUUACGGUGGAAAAUGACCCCAGUGUGCUGAACUACAGCCUGAAUGACAGCGAGAGGGGGAUGUCCGCCGCCCAGCUCUUCAGCCAGACACUCUGGAAGGUGAGAGAGGACCUUAAGGCAGCUGGCUGCAGAGCCAUGUUGGAUAAAUAUGACUCCUACACAGUGAAGGAAUAUUUGGUGAAAAGGGGCAACCUGAGUCGUGGCGCUCUGAGGAUGAUCGGGGACAUCCUGAAUGAAAACAGCCUCUUCUACACUUCGCUGCUAGAGAUGCUGUACAUCCAGUCUGACAUCAGUGAUGACACAGAGUAUUUUGAAGUGACUGACGGCUUCGACCACCUCCCCGGGGCCUUCUACCAGGUCUUAAAUGCAACAAUCCUCCUCAGCUCCAAGGUGAAGCGUAUAAACCAGACAAGUGGAGGUGGUGUGACCGUAACCUACCAGGACUGGCGUGAUUCAGGAUCCCUGGCUAACCUCACCGCUGACUAUGCUCUGGUUACUGCCACAGCCAAGGCCACCCUCUUCAUAGAUUUCCAGCCGCCUCUGUCUGGGGACAAGAUGGAGGCCCUGCGCUCUGUUCAUUACACCAGCUCCACCAAGGUGGUGCUCAGCUUCAAGGAGCGCUUCUGGGAGACAGAGGGUAUCAGAGGAGGGAAAAGCGUCACCGACCUGCCCUCUCGCUUCAUCUACUACCCCAGCCACAGCUUUCCAGGCACGGCUGCAGGGGCCCUGCUGGCAUCCUACACCUGCUCCGAUGAUUCAACCCUCUUCCAGGGGAUGAGCCAGGCGGAGCUCAUGGCUGUGGUUCUAGAGGACUUGGUGAAAAUCCACGGGGAGUACAUCAGACCUCUGUGUACAGGAGGACUGGUGAAGAAGUGGGGCUUAGAUCCAUAUAGUCUUGGAGCAUUUGCCCUGUUCACGCCAUAUCAGCAGGGACACUACGCCAGAGAGUUAUUCCAGAGUGAGGGGAGGGUACACUUUGCAGGGGAGCACACGGCCACGCCUCACGGCUGGAUCGAAACCGCCAUGAAGUCUGCACUCAGAGCAGCGAAAGGCAUCCACAGCCUUACAGUCUAGCUUCUUUUAUUUUUUAA